AGUUACGGAUUUAUAGUUCCCACAAGGAAAAAGAUUCUUUUAACACCUAAAAUGGUAAAAGUGUAAAAUAGGAAUAAAAAUAAAGGUAAAAAAUUUUGUAUUUAUAAAAAAAAAAAAGUAAAAGAUAAUUUAAAAAUUUGAUGGGUGUCAAGUCAAUAUUAUCGUUACCCUUCUCAGAAUAGCAAAGCUACUACACUGGACAAAGGCAGUCUUGCACAGAAAUUGCAUAUUUAUUGAAGCAAUCGAUUUCAGAAGUUUGGUUGCUAUUAAAAUAAUUUGAUUAUCGUUAAUAACAAUGAGAAUUACAUUACGUCAAUAAUGAGAGAAGAACCUCAAUUAAUCCUUGUGUUCCUAAAUAUUUUUAAUUUUGUGGGUAAGAUGGGUCUCGCUUAACUUACAAUAACGAAUCAAAGCAUUGAUCAGUUGAUUGAAUAAAUUGAAGUGAAGAGCAGAGGAUCAUCUCAGAAAGUGAUGGCAUCCAAUGCAACAGUUAAUUCAGAAAGUGAUGUGAACUCUGCUCCGUCUCCCACCGUUUGCCUUCUUCUCUCCGCCGCUAACUCUGCGUGUUCUGCUUUCGCUGGCUCUCUUUUCGGCUACGGUGCUGGAUUGAUCAAGAAGAAAGGCUUUAAAGGAUCCUUUAUUGAAGCAGGGUCUAAUGCUAAGACAUUUGCAAUUUUAUCUGGAGUUGAUAGUUUGGCUGUCUGCAUCUUCGGAAGGCUUCGAGGAAAGGAUGAUGCCAUUAAUGCGGGGCUAGCUGGAUGUUGUGCUGGUCUUGCUACAAGUUUUCCUGAUACACCCCUAUCACUUCUACAGAACUGCCUUACUUUGGGGGUUCUUUCUUUUAUCGUUGAAGGGUUAACCAAGCAGGGAUCAGCACUUGCAUACCCCAAGUCCAAGAAAACUGUACACAACAAAGCAUGAUUCCUACAUCUCAUAAAGGAGUUUUAAAGUGAAAAGGAUGCGUCAAGAGUAGCAAGUUGUAGAAACUACAUGUCUCCUUCGAUGAAAGUAAUCAUGUUCUAAUUGGGUAGAACAAGCAUUAACGGCAAAACUAAACCAUUUAAUACAACUUCAUGUCUAGAAUAACUUAAAAUCACUGAUUUAGUGUUACAAUAAUCUCAUAUCAGUAGACUCACACUCAAGAAAUCAUCCUAUAUCAGAAAGGUAUAUUACAAGCUGCUAAUAUAAAACUAACUGUUUCCUAUUUUUACUAGUAAAUUUCAUGGUAAACCUGUAGUGAUAAACAGGUUAUAACAUGGUUCUGGUUCUGUCAUAUUACUUAACAAUGACACCUAAUCACAACUGCAGAAAAACACAAAAUUCUGUCGUACAACGAUUUAUCAAUAUUACAAGUAUUUUUACCACAAGAUUA